AAACGAUGGGACCAACAGUGAGGGACUUCAAUGGAGCAGAGUCGGACACAGAUCGAGAUCUUCUUCUUGAGCAGGACUAUGGUGAUGAAGCCAGAAGAAAAUGCAGGAAGAACAGUGCAGAGAAGCGAGCCCGUAGGGACGAGCCAUUCUCAAUGACGGCAACCUGCCGGCGGUCAGCUGAGCACCUGCCAGGGACCAUGUGGAGAAGUGAUGGUUUCACAUCACAAAGCUGUGAAGGCAUUUCCAGGUUACGCUCACUCACUUGUUAUUGAUGAGAGGGUAACGGCCGAAGCUGCUGGGUCUGGGUGAGUGAGAGGCGUAACAGUCGUCCAGGACCACAGCAAAGCUCUGGUCUCUUCUAUCCACAGUGACGCCCACGUAGAGAGGUGAGCCCAGCUCCAUGGUUACCCGACCUCCGGGAUAAGUUGAAGUGAAGCCUGAGUCGCGGUACAAGCGCAUCUGGGCAACAGUGUUGGGUCCAGAGCCGGACACUCCUCCGUCAAUCCUGUGGACGCCACAACAAACAUCUUCUUUGGUUGGCUCCAUGGUGAAAGACUUGGCUUAGUUUGUGUGUUGUGUUUUUCAAGGUUUGGCAUUGAGCUGUGAUCAGCUAGAGACGGUACAUCUCCACCCUACGGUGCUAUAUUCAGGAACAGAAGUGCAGUUACAGCUCACUUAAGGAAGGACUGGAAACUGUGAUGCAGAUGAAGAGGUCAAGAGAUGAAAUAUUGGGCGAGGAGAGCGCUGUCGUCAGGUGUGUCAUACUUACGGCAGUGGUCCCACGGCCACAUUCAAAGUGGAAUCUGUAUCCAGGGAAUAGACACAGGAGAAAGGAAUUCUCUUUGGAAUGGCAAAAGAGUUGUUGUUGGCAGGAUAGACAAACAAGGUGUUGGAGUAGAUGCCAUGCGUGAUGUUGGUCUGAAAGAAGUGGUGGAAUGAUAAAAAGACAAUCAACAUCUUGUAGCUUGUGCAGCAGAAGUGAGGAUGACCAGUGAUCAGAAUAACACCAGUGUGACUGUGGUGAUAGGUCGUCUUUCUUUACCGUCAGUUUGUUUCCACAGGCGCCAGCUUGGUUCACAACCUCAUACCACACGACGCCAUUCGACACUCUUGUGUAUGUGCAGUUUCGCAUUGCAAGAUUGCCGGAUCGAGCAUCCAAACCAAGGUUGAGGAAGCUGACCACAUUGAGGCCAACCUGGAUCUUGCUACUGCUGCAAACCAGCUGAGAAGGUCUGAGUGAAUCGUCUGUAUCUGAAAUUUGUCAUGAGAAUUGAUGAAUAACUCCGGUAGUUAAACAUGAACACAGUGGCUUUACGUGAUACUCAGUAGAGGAAGGAAGCUCACCUUCACAGACAACACUGGCGUCCUCCCUGUGUACACAGUUGUGGAUCCCAAAUCCUCGAUGGCGACAGUCGGUGAUGGAAUUUUCUCUCCCAGAACAGUUGACGUCGUCCAGCCAGAUGGGGCCACUUCCUUGGCCGUAGGCUGCAUUUUGAGGGGCGCUUCUAGCGCGGCCACAGUCCAGCUGUCUGCACACCACGUUGGCAUCGUUGAGGUCCCAGAGGUCGUCACACACCGUCCCCCACUGGUUGUUGUGGAAGAUCUCCACUCUGCCCGUACAGCGGCUGCCUGAGUUGACCAACCUGACUGGGGCAGCCGCUUCAGAGGUGGAGAUGAGAUAAACGCAGCAGAUCAUGAUGGUGGAAAACACUGGCCAAAUGGUGGAACUGUCAAUGAAUUUACCUUCACAAACCACCCCAGCAUCCUCUCUGUGGCUGCAGUCGUGAGAUCCGAUCCCUCGGUGACGGCACUCGCUGAGACUGGACUCUUGUCCAUUGCAACGGACGUCGUCCAGCCAAAUGGGCCCACUGCCUUGUCCAAAGCGGGCACUACCUGGAGCUGACAGGACCCUGCCACAGCCCAACUGUCUGCACACCACCUGAGCGUCGGUCACGUCCCAGAGGUCGUCGCACACUGUCCCCCACCGUCCAGAAAAAUUGAUCUCCACUCUUCCAGAGCAUGAACUGCUCCCUCCGAUCAGGCGGAUCUGCCCUUCAGCCAGGGAGACGUUCGCAGUCGUUGCAGGAGCAGAAGUCUGAUUCUGCAUUAUAUGAGUGGUUGAUUCAGCAGGGGGUGUUGUCGGGCGUGGGAUAGUGGUUGUGCUGGGCCCAAGGUGAGCUGAACAGAAAAAGACAUGAGCAAUUUGAACCUUGAGUAACCGCUUGGAAGGACGUAAAAAUAAUUUAAUUCAAGUACAAGGACUUAACUUUCCAAAAGGGAAACCAAGACACCACAGAAUAACAAUCCGAAGCAGAAAGAAAAUGGACAGAAUUGUUUUGUUUUGUUUUGUUACACAAACAUUAAAUGAAAAAUUAACAAUUAUCAAUACUUUUCCUAAAAUGUUGUGACUGUAAUUACCUUCACAAAUCACUCCAGCAUCUUCCAAAUGUACGCAGUUGUUGACACCAAAUCCUGAAUGUUCACAUUCCGUGAUAGAGCAUUCAUGACCAUGACAUUGGACAUCAUCCAACCAGAUGGGUCCAGCUCCCUCUCCAAAGCGAGCGUUGUGAGGAGCAGCCACUGCUUUGCCGCAGUUGAGCUGUCUGCACACCACAUUGGCAUCACGCAGGUCCCAGAAGUCAUCGCACACCGUUCCCCAACGACCAUCAACAAGGACCUCGACUCUGCCAGCGCAGUGGCUGCUGCCGUUGACCAGUCGCACAGGAACAGGAGCUUAGAUGUCGGCAGUGGAGAAGAUUGAAAACAUGAUCAUUAUUUACCAGACAUUUACAGACGAGAAACUGAAUUACAACACAAUGUCUAUCAAGAAAAGACAACAAACAAACCGUUACAAUCCAUGGUGGUACGAGAGGUUUCUGAAGUCGUUAUGACUGAAGAUGUAGUUCCUGGAGUUGUGGAAUCUGUAGUUGUUGAUUCUGAAGUUGUAGCUCCUGGAGUCGAGGUUCCUGCAGUUGAGCGUUCUGAAGUCGUGGUUCCUUCAGUUGUGGGUUCUGAAGUCGUGGUUCCUGUAGUUAUGAGUUUUGAUGUUGUGAGGUCUAAAAUUGUGGUUUCUUCAAUUAUGGGUUCCGAAGUUUUGGUUCUCGUGGUUGUGAAUUCUGAAGUUGUUGUUUCUGUGCUUGUGGGUUCUGAGGUUUUGGAUCCUGCAGUUGUGAGUUCUAAAGUUGUGGUUUCUGCAGUCGUGGGCUCUGCAGUUAUGGUUUCUGCAGUCGUAGGUUCUGAUGUUGUGGUUCUUGCGUUUGUGAAUUCUGAUGAUGUGGUUUCUGCAGGUGUGGGUUCUGAAGCUGUGGUUCCUGUAGUCUUGAGUUCUGAUGUUGUGGGUUCUGAAGUUGUGGGUCCUGCAGUUGUGGCUUCAGAAGUUAGGGGUUCUGAAGUUGUAGGUUCUGAAGUCGUAGUUCCUGCAGUCUUGAGUUCUGAAGUUGUGGUUUCUACUAUUGUAGGUUCUGAAGUUUUGGUUCCUGUAGUCAUGAGUUCAGCCGUUGUGGUUUCUGCAAUUGUAGUUUCUGACAUUGUGGGUCCUGAAGUUGCGGUUUCUGCAGCUAUGGGCUCUGAAGUCGUGGGUUCCAAAGUUGUUGGUUCUGUAGAUACUGCAGUUGUGAUGUCUGGAGUUGUUGGUUCAGAAGUUGAUGUUUCGGUAGAUGUGAGAUCGAACAUUGUGGUGGUUUCUGAUGUUGUGUGUACAGAAGUUGUGGUUUCUGCAUUUGUGGGUUCCGAAGUUGUUGGUUCUGCAGUUGAGGGUUUUGAGAUUGUGGUGUCUGGAGUUGUGAGUUCCAAAGUAGUGGUUUCCACAGUUGUGGUUUGUGAAAAUGCGGUUUCUUCAGUUGUGAGUUCUGAAGUUGUGGUUUCUGCAGUUGUGGGACCUGAAGUUGUGGGUUCUGAAGUUGUGGUUUCUGCAGUUGUGGGACCUGAAGUUGGGGUUUCUGACGUGGUGUGUUCCAAAGUUGUGGUUUCCACAGUUGUGGAUUCUAAGGUUGUGGUUUCUUCAGUUGUUUGUCCAAAGGUUGUGGUUUCUUUAGUUGUGGUUUCUAACGUUGUGGUUUCUGCAGUUGUGGAUUCUAAGGUUGUGGUUUCUUCAGUUGUGGUUUCUGCAUUUGUGGGUUCCCAAGUUGUGGUUUCUGCAUUUGUGGGUUCUGCCGUUGUGUGUUCCAAAAUUGUGGUUUCCACAGUUGUGGGUUGUGAAGAUGUGGUUUCUGCCGUUGUGGGUUUUGCCGUUGUGUGUUCCAAAAUUGUGGUUUCCACAGUUGUGGGUUGUGAAGAUGUGGUUUCUGCAGUUGUGGAUUCUAAGGUUGUGGUUUCUUCAGUUGUUUGUCCAAAGGUUAUGGUUUCUUCAGUUGUGGUUUCUGCAUUUGUGGGUUCUGAAGUUGUGGGUUCCCAAGUUGUGGUUUCUGCUGUUGUGGGUUCUGAAGUUGUGGUUUCUGCAGUUAUGGGACCAGAAGUUGUGGGUUCCGAAUUUGUGGUUUCUGCAGUUGUGGGUUCUGAUGUUGUGUGUUCCAAAAUUGUGGUUUCCACAGUUGUGGGUUGUGAAGAUGUGGUUUCUUCAGUUGUGGAUUCUAAGGUUGUGAUUUCUUCCGUUGUUUGUCCAAAGGUUGUGGUUUCUUCAGUUGUGUUUUUUUCAGUUGUGGUUUCUGCAGUUGUGGGUUCUGAAGUAGUGGUUUCUGCAGUUGUGGGACCUGAAGUUGUGGGUUCCCAAGUUGUGGUUUCUGCUGUUGUGGGUUCUGAAGUUGUGGUUUCCACAGUUGUGGAUUCUAAGGUUGUGGUUUCUUCAGUUGUUUGUCCAAAGGUUGUGGUUUCUUUAGUUGUGGUUUCUAACGUUGUGGUUUCUGCAGUUGUGGAUUCUAAGGUUGUGGUUUCUUCAGUUGUGGUUUCUGCAUUUGUGGGUUCUGAAGUUGUGGGUUCCCAAGUUGUGGUUUCUGCAUUUGUGGGUUGUGCCGUUGUGUGUUCCAAAAUUGUGGUUUCCACAGUUGUGGGUUGUGAAGAUGUGGUUUCUGCAGUUGUGGAUUCUAAGGUUGUGGUUUCUUCAGUUGUUUGUCCAAAGGUUGUGGUUUCUUCAGUUGUGGUUUUUUCAGUUGUGGUUUCUGCAGUUGUGGGUUCUGAAGUAGUGGGUUCGGCAGUGGUGGGUUCCGAAGUUGUGGUUUCUGCAGUUGUGGGACCUGAAGUUGUGGGUUCCCAAGUUGUGGUUUCUGCUGUUGUGGGUUCUGAAGUUGUGGUUUCUGCAGUUAUGGGACCAGAAGUUGUGGGUUCCGAAUUUGUGGUUUCUGCCGUUGUGGGUUCUGUCGUUGUGUCUUCCAAAAUUGUGGUUUCUACAGUUGUGGGCUGUGAAGAUGUGGUUUCUUCAGUUGUGGAUUCGAAGGUUGUGGUUUCUGCAGUUGUUUGUCCAAAGGUUGUGGUUUCUUCACUUGUGGUUUCUUCAGUUGUGGUUUCUAACGUUGUGGUUUCUGCAGUUGUGGAUUCUAAGGUUGUGGUUUCUUCAGUUGUGGUUUCUAACGUUGUGGUUUCUGCAGUUGUGGAUUCUAAGGUUGUGGUUUCUUCAGUUGUUUGUCCAAAGGUUGUGGUUUCUUCACUUGUGGUUUCUUCAGUUGUGGUUUCUGCAGUUGUGGGUUCUGAAGUUUUGGGUUCCCAAGUUGUGGUUUCUGCUGUUGUGGGUUCUGAAGUUGUGGUUUCUGCAGUUAUGGGACCAGAAGUUGUGGGUUCCGAAUUUGUGGUUUCUGCCGUUGUGGGUUCUGCCGUUGUGUCUUCCAAAAUUGUGGUUUCCACAGUUGUGGGUUGUGAAGAUGUGGUUUCUUCAGUUGUGGAUUCUAAGGUUGUGGUUUCUUCAGUUGUUUGUCCAAAGGUUGUGGUUUCUUCAGUUGUGGUUUCUAACGUUGUGGUUUCUGCAGUUGUGGAUCCUAAGGUUGUGGUUUCUAAUGUUGUGGUUUCUGCAUUUGUGGGUUCUGAAGUUGUGGGUUCCCAAGUUGUGGUUUCUGCUGUUGUGGGUUCUGCCGUUGUGUGUUCUGCCGUUGUGUGUUCCAAAAUUGUGGUUUCCACAGUUGUGGGUUGUGAAGAUGUGGUUUCUUCAGUUGUGGGUUCUAAGGUUGUGGUUUCUUCAGUUGUUUGUCCAAAGGUUGUGGUUUCUUCAGUUGUGGUUUCUAACGUUGCGGUUUCCACAGUUGUGGGUUGUGAAGAUGUGGUUUCUUCAGUUGUGAGUUCUGAAGUUGUGGUUUCUUCAGUUGUGGAUUCUAAUGUUGUGCUUUCUUUAGUUGUUGGCUCUAAGGUUGUGCUUGCUUCCGUUGUGGGUUCUGAAGUUGUUGGUUCUGCAGUUGAAGGUUUUGAGAUUGUGGUUUCUGGAGUUGCGAGUACAGAAGUUGUGGUUUCUUCAGUUGUAGGUUCUAGAGUCAUGGUUUCUUCAGUUGUGUGUUGUAAGGUUGUUGUUUCUUCAGGUGUAAUUUCAGCAGUUUUGGUUUCUUCUGUAGUGGUUUCUAUCAUUGUGAUCACUUCAGUUGUGGAUUCUGAAGUUGUCCUUUUUGAAGUUCUGUGUUCUAAGGUUGUGGUUUCUUCAGGUGUGGUUUCUGACGUGGUUUCUUCAGUUGUGGUUUCGAAGGUUGUUGUUUCUUCAGUUGUGGGUUCUAAGGUUGUUGUUUCCUCAGGCGUGGUUUCUUCAGUUGUGGGUUCUAAGGUUGUGGUUUCUUCAGUUGUGGGUUCUAAGGUUGUUGUUUCAUCAGUUGUGGGUUCUAAGGUUGUUGUUUCCUCAGGCGUGGUUUCUAAGGUUGUGGGUUCUAAUGUUGUUGUUUCUUCAGUUGUGGGUUCUAAGGUUGUUGUUUCUUCAGGCGUGGUUUCUAAGAUUGUGGGUUCUAAUGUUGUUGUUUCUUCAGUUGUGGGUUCUAAGGUUGUUGUUUCCUCAGGUUUAAUUUCAGCCGUUGUGGUUUCCAAGGUUGUGAUUCCUUCAGUUGUGGAUUCUAACCAUGUUGUUUCUUCAGGUGUGGUUUCUAAGGUUGUGGAUUCUUCAGUUGUGGGUUCUAAGCUUGUUGUUUCUUCAGGUGUGGUUUCUAAUGUUGUGGGUUCUUCACUUGUGGGUUCGAAGAUUGAUGUUUCUUCAGGUGUCAUUUCUAAGGUUGUUGUUACUUCACAUGUGGUUUCUUCAGUUGUGGGUUCUAAAGUUGUCAUUUCUGAAGUUGUGUGUUCUAAGGUUGGUGUUUCUUCUGUUGUGGGUUCUAAGGUUGUUGUUUCUUCAAGUGUAUUUCCAGCAGGUGCUUUCAAAAAGCUCAAAUCGAACAAUCUGCUUCUCACAGAUGGCUCUGUCAGCCGCUCCUUACCUGAAGGCAUCAUGUCAGUGAAGACAUUUUUUAUGACAUCCUUUUCUCCAUUCAUCAGUUCUGCUCAAGAGAAAUGAAGUCAGUGUAGAUAGUAGAAUAUAAAGCUCAACAGCUUCAACAUACAAUGAAGAAAAUGUGCACCUGAAGAACUUCCUGCUCCAGUCUGUAAGAUGAGGAGCAACGCCAGGAUCUUAAACAACCCCAUAGUGGACCAGACCUGUGGCACCAACCUGUGGAGGAACAAAGAAACGUCUAUGGACAUUUGCAGUUGUGAGAUGUCUCCUCAUCAGUCUUUACCUGUGAGAAAGCUGUGAGAUCCAGGAGUCAGGGAGGAAGAGGGAUUGUCACGGUGCAUGAGGGAAGCGGAAUAUAUAUAGCCCCAAGAAAAACACUCAAAGUUGAAGAACACAAAUGGACCACUGAUCAAAGAAAUCACACCCUACUAGAGCAGUUACUUAUUAAUCAAAUAUAAUACAAAAAGCAUCUCUUUCAACAGAAACAAAUCCCCAGUAAACGCAGGUUGCAACACCUUGAUCAAUCUCGUGUGGACAAACAGAGCUCUUGAGCUCCAUGUUUGCCCAUUUUAUCGACACCUUGCAGAUACACAGCACACGUUUGAUUUCAACACAGAAGUGCACAGUGCCCUCGUCCCUGCUGCAGCAGCUUCAUCCUGGGUCCUGGGGUUGAGAGCCACAUGUGACUUAACUUAGAUACGGACCAGGGCCGGCAAUGUUUUGAAGCUCCAUUUUAUUUGAACUUGUUUUGCCCGUGUAUUGAUCUAUGUGCUUGUGGCUAUAUUGUCAUCAUUGCUAACUUCCACUCUGUCUUUUACACAAUAUUACAAUGUGUUUGUUUAUUUUUCUAAAUUCACUUUAACUUUCCUUUUGUUUUAAUAAAAUCAAUCAGAGGGACAAAAGUGUUAAGGAUGUAUUUCAAUAAAAGUAUCAGGGUGGUCAGGUGGCGACAGUUGGACAACUGUUAUGUAAUUUCACCCCUUUUGAUAUUCAACAGGCCAGCUGGAGCAGCAGGUCACGUGGCUCUAAAAAAAUAAAAACAACUUAUAAACGCAACAUACAGUUGAAUCUGUGAGGAUUUUUCUCCAGGUCUGAAGGGAUUUGUUCAAGUAUAAGCUAUGCAAUAGAUGACAUGGACACGGUGGAAACUGAGAAGUAAAAAUCAUUUUAAAGUUUGUCCACCAAAGUUGUGUCACCUUAAACAAGUUUGUAACUGUGGCUUGCAGCCAUUUCAUA